AUGAGAGUCUCUCUACGUCUUCUUGUAUGCGCUCUUCUACUUGGCGUGAUUGUCCUUGCUACGGACAAUGGCUUGACCACUCAAGUCACGUGGGAUCCGUACAGUCUCAUGGUCAAUGGAGAGCGCCUGUUCCUCUUCUCUGGAGAAUUCGCCUAUGAACGUGUGCCGGUGCCGGAGAUGUGGUCCGACAUUUUUCAAAAGUUCAAGGCAAAUGGAUUCAAUGCUGUUAGCAUGUACUUCUUCUGGUCUUAUCACUCGGCGUCUCGUGAUGUAUUCGACUUUGAAACUGGUGGCAAGAAUGUUCAGAAAGUCAUCGACGCUGCUGCAGAGGCUGGUCUAUACCUCAUUGCGAGACCAGGUCCAUAUGCAAAUGCAGAGACAAAUGCAGGUGGUUUGGCAUUGUGGACGAGUGAUGGCUCUGCAGGAAACUACCGAACGUCAGAUCAAGCCUACUACGACGCCUGGAAACCGUUCAUGCAAGAGCUCAACAAGAUCUUAGUCAAGAAUCAGAUCACAGAAGGUGGUCCUAUAAUCCUCUACCAGAUCGAAAACGAACUGUCGGAGACUGUACACAAGGCAGAUAACACACUUGUACUUUAUAUGGAGCAGAUUGAACAAGUCGUGAAGGAUUCCGGCAUUGUUGUUCCGACUACCAGUAACGAGAAAGGCCAGAGAGCUCAGAGCUGGUCUACUGACUACCAAGAUGUUGGAGGGGCGGUCAACAUCUACGGGCUAGACAGUUACCCAGGUGGCUUAUCAUGCACAAACAUCAACUCAGGAUUCAAUCUGGUCCGAAACUACUACCAAUGGUUCCAGAACUACUCCUCCACCCAGCCUGAGUUCUGGCCAGAGUUCGAAUCGGGAUACUUCCAGCCAUGGGGCGGAUAUUUCUAUGAUGACUGUCUGGCAGAGCAUGACCCUGCCUUUGCUGACGUUUACUACAAGAACAACAUUGGUCAGAAUGGGGCACUCCUUAACCUCUAUAUGGCUAUGGGAGCUACGAACUGGGGUAACCUAGCGGCUCCUGUUGUUUACACAAGCUACGAUUACUCUGCGCCUCUACGCGAGACUCGCGAGAUCCAAUCGAAGUUCUCUCAAACUAAAUUGAUAGCACUGUUCACAAGAGUAUCUCAGGACUUGCUAUACACCGUUAUGGAAAGCAACGGUACUGGUAAUGCUGUGUCAACACAGGAUAUCUGGACGUGGGUUCUCAGAAACCCAAACACCACGACCGGCUUCUACACCACUCAGCACUCAAAGUCAAGCUCAAGAGCAGUCACGGAUUUCUCGAUCAAUCUUCAGACUUCUCUUGGACCAAUCACUGUACCGAAUGUCCAGCUCAAUGGCCGCCAGAGCAAGAUUGCUGUCACAGACUAUCACUUUGGGAAGCACACUCUCUUAUAUUCGUCUGUGGACAUUCUGACCUAUGGCUUGUUCGACCCGAAAGCUGUUCUCGUUUUAUACCUUGAAGCCAACCAGAUCGGAGAAUUCGCUUUCUCAGGAAAUAUCUCGGUCAAGUCCUAUGGCAGCACGAAUGUUACAGCAUCUCAAGUUAAAACGAACGGCUCAGCUUCCUUCACCAAGUUUGUCUACAGACAAUCGGCCGGCAAGACUUCUCUACAGCUGUCCAAUGGUGUCUUGAUGUAUCUGUUGGACGUCUCGACAGCAUGGACAUUCUGGGCGCCUCCAACCACCCCCAAUCCCAAUGUCGGCCCUGGUGAACAGAUCUUCGCUAUAGGCCCCUAUCUUGUUCGUAACGCCAGUGUCAGCAGUAACGUUGUCUCGGUCAAUGGUGACAACACCAACUCUACCACACUGGAGGUCUACGUUGGCGACGCAAGUGUUGACACCAUCUUGUGGAAUGGCAAGGAGCUCGCUACGAAGAAGACCUCUUAUGGCGCUCUGACAGCCGAUCUUACAAGCAUACUCGACCGCGAGAUAACCAUCCCAACACUUUCCGGCUGGCAAGUUGCUGAUUCUCUGCCUGAGGUGGCCAGAGAUUAUGACGAUUCUGCUUGGGCUGUAUGCAACAAGACAAGCACCAAAGCGCCAGUGAAACCACUGUCUCUUCCCGUUUUGUAUAGUUCAGACUACGGCUACUACUCUGGCAUCAAGAUAUACCGUGGUCACUUCGAUGGCAAGUCGGCUGUGUCUGCAAAUGUGACAGCACAAGGUGGAUCGGCUGCAGGCUGGAGUGCUUGGUUGAAUGGUAAACUUGUCGGUGGCCAUCCUGGCAAUGCCUCGCUCUUGUCAACAUCCGAUGUACUUGACUUCAGUGGGGUCACACUCUACGAUACAAACAACGUUCUUACUGUGGUCACUGACUAUACUGGCCACGAUGAGACAUCGACUGGCAAAGGUGCUGCGAACCCCCGAGGUCUCUUGGGUGCAGUCCUCAAAAGCUCUGGUAAUACCACUGCUACAUUCAAGCAGUGGAAGAUCCAGGGCAAUGCAGGUGGUUCAGCCAACAUCGAUCCCGUCCGAGGACCUCUUAACGAGGGAGGUCUCUACGGAGAACGUGUCGGAUGGCAUCUUCCUGGCUUCUCUCCCUCGGGCAAAGAUUGGUCAGCUGGGUCCCCUGCUCAGGGCCUCAACUCCAGUGGCAUCAAGUGGUACCUCACAACAUUUGAGCUCGACAUCGACUCCGACCUCGACGUUCCCAUCGGUCUCGAGCUGUCCGCGCCGGCAGGUACCGUUGCCAGCGUACAGAUCUAUCUGAAUGGCUACCAGUAUGGCAAAUUCAUCACUCACAUCGGACCACAGACAAGAUUCCCCUUCCCACCUGGUAUCAUCAACAACCAGGGCAAUAAUACAAUUGCCCUGAGUGUAUGGGCCGAGACAGAUGCAGGUGCUAAGCUCGACACUGUUUCGUUGUUCUCUUACAAUGUUUACGAGACUUCGUUCAAGUUUGCGCAGGACUGGAGCUAUCUGCAGCCAGGUUGGACAAGCGAAAGAUUGCAGUACGCAUAG